AUGGCCUCACCGGCGACGUGUGGUUUGGCGUCACGCCGUAAGCAGACGAAGCCACAAAGACUGAACGAGGACGGACCGCCAGGAUCAGAAUUGUCGGAAGAUAUGGAAGGUGUGGAUGAUCCAUCCACAAUGGCAAUGGAUCUUUCAUCAGUUACUGCUGGAACUGCUUCAGCUUUAAUGGACAAAAUGUUGGAUGAGAAUGGAAAGAAUCUGCUCUUACAAUCAUUAGCCACAAUUGCCACACCUCAACAGAUAUUAACAUUAUGUGCCCAGUUAGCUGCUCGUCAACAGCAACAGCUUAAUCAUGAUGAUCUGACAGACGGAGAAGGAGAAACGGGUACUUUAACGAUAGAUGAAGGAAUGGAUGUAACACCUCCAACAACUCCAAGAAAAGAUGUCAUCAUAUGUGCAUCAAGUGGUUGUGGUCAAUGCUUCAGCUCUCAAGGUGCUCAUUUGUGGCAUUUGAUGGAAGAACAUUCAACCGAAAAACUACUUCAAUGUGAUAACUGUGGUCAGAGGUUUAGUGAUCGAGAUCAGAUUGCUGAACAUGAUUGUGAACAGCCAAUGCGUUCGCAGUCAGCUGGAGCAGAGCGAAGUGGAGCUGCAAGUCCAGAUGGUGAUCGAGGCUCUGUACCAGUUCAGGAUGGUCCAAGCUUUUCCAUUGUUGAAGCUGAAGACGAAAGAGCAAUCAGCCCAUCCAUGUUGGAUGAAAACACAAGCAGCUUACUUAUGCCAAACUCUGCCAGUCUUCUUAACCAGCUUUUUCAACAACAUCAACAAAUGUCCGGAAUGUCUGCAGCUGACUUACUAGCCAAGACAGCCAGCUCCUUCGAUUCGGAUUCACCUGCUGAAGCUCAUAUGGCUGCAGCAGCAGCAGCAGCGGCCGCCGCAGCAGCCGCAGCCGCUGGCGGUUUGGGAGAUUCACAUGCGCCGAAUGGCGCUUCACAAUCCUUACCUGGCUGCCAUGCUACCCCAACUUCUAAUCCCAUGUUCCCUCUGACGCUAAACCCGUUUGGACAUCCAGCGGGUCCACAAUUUUUUAUGCGGCCGUUUGAUGGUUCACGUGCUGAUCUCUUUCCUUCUUCCGGCGGUGGCUCAUCUCGUCCCGAAAUCAAUACGGAUGAUGAUUGGGAAGCUUUAAUGGAGAUCUCAACAACCGAUGAAGCUGAAAAGAUUCGCGCAUUGGUCGGAGAUAAAGCUAUGCCAACUACAGAUCCAAACCAAUGUAUUCUUUGUCGACGGGUUUUAUCAUGUAAAAGUGCUCUUCAAAUGCAUUACAGAACACACACAGGUGAACGUCCAUUUAAAUGUAAAAUUUGUCAACGUGCCUUCACCACAAAAGGCAAUCUUAAAACGCACAUGGGGGUUCAUCGAGCUAAACAUUCAUUCCGCGGAGUUCCUCUUCCAUUAAACGGCGUUCAAAUACCUCAGAUGCCCCCAUUAGGACCUCACAUUCCUUUGGCUAGUCUUCAAGCUCAACAACAAUGUCCAAUUUGUCAGAAGAGAUGUAUGACUCCAGCUCAGCUUCAAUCUCAUAUGGCCGAACAUCGUCAAGCUUUAACCGGAAGGAAUACAGGCUCUGGCCUCUCCACCGCUGCAUCUUUAACAUCUAACGGCUCUUUCCCCGGCGGAUUGCCAUUGUUUUCAUUUUUUUCUCCUCCGUUCGCUAAUGCUGGUGAUCAAGGAAGCCUCCCCGGUACAAGCAUGGCUGGUGGUAUGACUACACCUUUCAACCUUGCUCAACUGUUGGGAAAGCAACUAGCUUCGGCUGAAGAAAUACGCGUGAAGCCAGCAUCAGCUACCGAAAGUUCGUCAACGGCUGGAAGUCCUCCUCCAGCUUCUACUAGUGAUUUUGAUGAAAAAAAGGAUGAUGAUAUGGUCGGCAGUCCAGAACCAAAAGCUAAUGGCGAUGUGACGUCUUCAAUAUCACCUUCAGCUAGUAGUGAUGCUUCUCAUGACCAAACUGAUGGCUCAUCUGUUAGUCGAUGUGAAUCUGAAGGGGACAUGAAGACAAACAAUUCCGAUAACGUUUCUACCUCGUCUGCAACCGCUGUCAAAGCUUCCGAUGCCUCAAAAGCUGAAUCCUCCAUGGAUGAUUUAGCUGCAACCCCAUUAUCUGCUCCCUUAGCUCCUUCCUCACCUCGCUCCACAUCAGAUAAUCCUCUAGAAGCUAUGCAAAAAAUGUGGGCUGAAACUGAACCUCCUCCACCACGACAGAUGCCAGUUCUUUCAAAACAUCAAUGUGGCGUCUGUUUCAAGCACUUCAGUUCAAGUUCAGCACUCCAGAUUCAUAUGCGAACACACACGGGUGAUAAACCGUUCAAAUGUGAAAUGUGUGGCCGAGCUUUUACUACGCGUGGAAACUUAAAAGUCCAUAUGGGCACCCAUAUGUGGCAGCAAAGUCCCAGUCGGAGAGGACGGCGUAUUUUCGAUGCAUCUCCUCCAACUCCGAGCCCAUCAGAUGUUGUUGUAUCUCCUAUCAAGUCUUCUGCUAGCAGUGGAAUUUCUUUACCGGCAGGCUUACAACCACCUCUCGGACUUUUCCCACCAGGAAUGCCAAACAUGGAAAUGAUGAUGCUUCUGUGGAGGACGGUGUGCUCUGUUUGUCAAAAAGUGUGUGCUAGUCCGACUGAGUUGGAGCAACACUUGCGAGACCAUUUGGAUACACCUAACUCGGCUACAACUCCAUCAUCAGCUGCAAGUCCUCAACCAACAACAGCUGAAUGA